AGUUUAGUUUUAUUCGUAUUCUCUUUUUACAAUCAUGGUGAACGCCAAUGGGCAUUUGAGUCUGCGUGUGUAUGCGUGUUGAGUAUCCGUGCGUGUGAGUGUGAAACAACAACGCAGGUGAAGCAAGCGGUGGGUGCGGCUGUGAAUGGCCGGCACGGGGAUCUGCAGUCUCGGACAAGGUGAGAGUGAGAGUCGGUGACAUCGCCAGCAGUAGGUGAUGGAGGCAGGUAGAGUUGGUGAUAGAUUCACACUGCUAGCAAAAGGCUCAAGAUUCCAGGAUCUGUCACGGUAGGCUACAGACAAAUUCCAUCUCGGAUGCUACAAUGACAUUCAAGCAACUCAUCAUGUUGAGGUAAUUACACGGAGAUGGAGUUAAAGGACAUCAUGAGAUAUCUACAACUAUACCAACUAUUUAUUUAUUUUACCAGGUUAGGCUCACUGAGCAAUGUGGCUAUUUAACAGAAACGACAUGGCCACAAAUGAUAGCUCAAUGAAGUGGCUUAUCACGUGGAAACUUAUUGCAGCCAACUACUCUAAACGCGUGAUGUUGAUUGUGAAUGCGGAGGGAAAAACCGGAGAAUCCGGAGAAAAAUUCACGCGACCAAGGAGAGAGAGACGCAAACUUUAAAUAUAAAUUAGGCGUCACGGUCGGGAUCGAACCCACUACUUACUGUAUACCGGGCGAGAGAGAUAACAUUUUGCCACCAACGUGUUGUAGUCGGAUGCUUUUAUCUCUCGACUCUGAUCGCACGAAUGAGCCACCGUAACUGAGCCUCAUCGAUUUAUAUUAACAAAAGCACUCAUUUCUAUAAAUGUCAGGGUGUGUAUAGUAGCCGUGUUCACCUUGAGGCUGCUAUUUGCGCACCUUGGGGCGCGGGUUCACAUUCCAGGCGGUGUCUCGUGAUGUCAAUGACGACAAUGAAAAUAUUUUCAGCAUUUUACUUCCUUCUUCACCGUCGCUAUAAGAGAGAGGUCCUGGUCCAGCGUCUCUCUGAGCCACACAGCGAGCGAUCCCAGCGAAGCCAUGGGUCAUAGCGAGCGUGACUCCCAGUGAGAGUGUGGAUAGUGGGAUGCGCUGCUACAUCUGCCAAGGCACGUUCGUCUGCCCCUCCACGCUGAGCUGCGGACACUCGUUCUGCCUGCGGUGCCUGGAGGCCGCCUGGGAGACGGCGAGCAGCUUCAGCUGCCCGCAGUGCCGAGCGACCUUCCCUGUGCGACCCCAGCUGAGGAGGAACGUGGCCCUCGCCAACCUGGUGGAGCAACUCAGAGUUGGAGACGGGAUGGCCGCGGCCAUCUUGUGUGACAUCUGCGGUGAUGGCCACACUCCUGCAGUGAAGACCUGCCUGAGAUGUGAGAUGUCCUACUGUGUGAGGCACUUGAGGCCUCAUGUAGAUAAUCCCAGGUUGAGAGACCACGCCAUAGUGGAUCCCAUCGCGAACCUGGAGGAUCGACGGUGUCGGGAGCACAGAGAGGAGUUCAAGUUGUACUGUGAAGAAGAUGAUAGUCUGGUCUGCACAGUCUGUGCCAUUGGAGGAGACCAUUCUGGACACAGGGUCAUCGCAGUGGAAAGAGUGCAACAGACAAGACAGGAGGAGCUCAGAGUCAAGAAGAAGGGGAGAGAGGAGAAGAGGAACACGGCGACGUCACGGGCACGGACACUCAGGGACGACUACCGGCGCGUGGAGGAGUCUGUGCGUGGGAUCAAGGCGCGGAUCAGCCGAGAGUUUGAGCGCCGGAGGGAGCAGCUAAGGCAGGAGGAGAGGGAGGUGCUGGAGCGCGUGGACGAGGAGGGCCGCUCCGUGCUGUCCCGCAUCCAGGCGGACAUCGCUCGCUACGAGAGCAGAGCACGUGGCCUGGAGCAGGAGAUCAACCAGCUGCUCGCCGCCCUCGCCGUGCAGGACCCGCUCUCCUUCCUGCAGGAUCCCCUGCAUGAGAAUCUCAGGAUCUUGGACGCGCAGGGAAUCCAAGAUGCGCCUCCUCCCACAUUCAGUCCCCAAGAGCUCACAAAGGUCAUCUCGCUAGGAGGAGUGAAUACGAAGCGCGUGGCUCUCGUGUAUGGACGCUCACCGACUCUGGACACAAACUCAGCCCACGACUACCUCCAGAUUUCCUCGGAUCUCAGGACGGUGACGCUGAGCGAUGUCUCCCAGGGUCGCCCCCAUCACCCACACCGCUUUGAGUACUUGUCACAAGCCCUGUGCUCUGAGAGCUUCUCGUCGGGUCAGCACUACUGGGAGGUGGACGUGGGGAGCGUGAGGUGGGGGUAUCGGGUUGGAGUCGCGUACGGGACGAUCCCACGGAGAGGGAGUGGUGAUGAGUGCCGCCUGGGAGGGAGCGACGUCUCCUGGUGUCUACACAAACAAGGCGACAGCUUCUCAGUGCUGCAUGGCGGGGUAGUGACGUCACUGUCGGUGCCGCAGCCUCCGCGGAGAGUCGGGGUCCACCUGGACUGGGACGCGGGGCUGCUGUCGUUUUACAGCGCCGACUCCAUGGCGCUGUUACACUCGUUUAAUACAACUUUCACUCAGCCCCUCCACCCUGGGCUGAUGGUGGGGUAUUCCGGUGUUUUUGGUGACUCAGUGAGGAUUGUGGAUCUGAGUGGCGCGUCCUGAGAGAGGUGAACGUGAACAGCGCAGAGGGCAGACGCCACCACGACGCACGGCGCUCGCCACCCUCGUCACCGCCAUGCGCAGCGCCACGCCCGUGACUGGCUGGUGGCUGUCGGUGGCUAGGGGCUGCGUGGCUCUCCAUCACAACGGGGGGGCUGAGCGUAAACAAUCCUCACAACCUUCAUGGGGGGGGGGUGAUAAAAUAAGUACCGCUCUGUGUUUGUGUGAAGCCAGCGUGGAUGUAUUCACCCUGCCAGAGGAGUGUGACUGUGGUGAAGGGUGCAGUGAUUAGCAAUGGGGAACUGGGAUGUGUUUAUACACUGGUGGUGUCAUGGGUUGUGGGAGAAACACAACAACAAUAAUAAUAUAUUCUUUAUGUUAUUUCGGUAAAGUCACGUAGAUAAAAAAAGAAAAAUAUGAAAAUUUUAAUAAUAAACAUUAAAUAAAAAUGUAAAAUGUGAAACCAAAAAUUCAUGACGUUUUGAUCGCAACACACGCGGCCGUCAUCAGUCAAGAAAAUUUUUACGUCAAAACAAUAAUAUUGAUUUUUAAAUCCUUUAUAUUAAGUUCACUUGCUUGCUUGCGUGCUUAUAAUUUCCAAAAUUUUACACUUUUUAGGAAAAAAUUAAUUAUAUUUAAUUACCAAUUGCUUAAUGCUGGCAGGCAUUCAUCUGACCCAUAGGUGGCAGCCAUCUCAAGCCAGAGGACGAGAGGACUCGAGCCGCCACGCAUAUAAAGGAUUUAUAGUGAAAAACUUUGUUUUUACGGGUUAAUUUUUUAAAAGUAUAAAUGCCGUGUACGACUGUGGCAAUGUAA